CAGGUGGCGGGGAAGAAGGACGACGCCACGCUAAGGCAGGAGGUGGAGGAGCUGGAGUUCGAGACCGUGAAGUUCAACGUCGCGUGGACGAAGAUGGAGGAGGCGAAGGAGGCGGGCAGCCCCGAGUACGAGGAUCGGAGCUCAGGAAGGAGGUGAUCAGGCAGGGGGAGGUCGUAGAGAGGCUUGGCGGCUCACUGCCCGGCGAGAUGAUGACACAGGAGCAGGCCGAGGAGAGGGCCAGGAAGUUGACGGAGGAGCUCAGCCUUGAAUCCCUGCUCCAGAUGUCCAACGAUGAGCGCUGGAUUCUCGCGAAGAAGCUUGGCCCAGCAUUCCCCAUCUCGCUGAUCCUGUCCUACACGCUGUACUGGGCGCUUAACGUCCCCUUCAUCGCGUACGCGUACUACACCACCGUGGUCAACGGGGAUGCGACUAUGGCGGUCGUCAUGACGUCUGCCUAUGCGAUCUCGAUUCCAUUCAAGCCACUGGUUUACAUCGGGGCGAUUCUUGGGACCGGAGCGACGUCGCAGUACGUGAUGCCUGUAUUUGGGAAGGUGUUCAACCUGUUCAAGAAGUUGCCAGAAUGAUCGCGAGCGUUUUCUCCCUAGAGCCGCGCGUCUCACCAACCCUUUCUACUGUGCAGACUAAGGCACGUUGUCGCCUCCCCGAGGGCCGCAUCACAGGGGCGGUGCCGCGUGAUGCGGCUCCUUACCCAUUUUCGAGCCUUGUGGCAGAAGUCGUGCGACGAGAUCUCUGUCGGUAUGGGUGCCUUUUCCUCCUCCGACUCACUCUUGCCCGCAACCGCAGGGGCUAUGGCAUAGGUGCCGUCGCCCUGACAGGCCGAGCGCGCUUCUGCAAGUCCCUCGGCGUCCGCGGCUCGUGCACUCGGCCUCAUGCGCCGGCGCUCCAGCGGCGCUCCACCGGCACGCGUGGCCCAGCGGCUCCACUUGAGGACGUGGGCCGCCCCCGCGGAGAAGACGGCCGCGGCCCUUCAGCAUCGAUCCCCAGUGGGAACGGGAGCUCCGCCCCAUCAGCCAACCCUCCCAGCUCCCAGGCGGAGCUACGCCCCGCG